AGGGACGAGGCGAUGAGAAAAGUUCAAAGGAAAUUACGACUUGGAGAGUUUGAGAGCGCAAUAGCACUGUUGCGUGCCGCUAGGGAGGUGUGGCCUGAAAACGACUGUUUUGGAAGUAGCAACAUGGCUCCAGAGGAGGAGUUCUUGGCACUCAGAGAAAUUUUCUUUGCUGAAUUGGGAGGCGAUUCUUGAUUGACUCAUAUACGCCCAAUCCAUAUGUAUUUAAGCCCUUGUAUUAUAUUUUAUUACUGAGAAAAAUGUUUAAAUAAGAUAAUAAAUAAUUUUCAUCCCUCUUAAAAA